AUGUCUCUGUUCCAACCGUCCUCCUUCCUCAUUCCCUCCCUCCCUGCCCCCCUGACUCCUCGCCACCAUCCGCCUUGCCACCCUACCUUUCUUCCUCAUUUCCUCCAGUUCUCCCUACCUUCCUCCCGUUCUUCCUUCUCAUCUCCCCUGUUCUCCCAUCUCGUCUCCCCCCGUUCUCCCCUCAUUUUCUACCGUGAUUCCUUCUCAUCUCCUCUCUUUCUCCCGUCUCAUCUCCUCACGUGCUCCCUAACUCAUUUCCUCUCUUGCUCCCUUCUCAUCUCCUCAUGCUCUCUCGUCUCAUCUCCUCACGCUCUCCCUCCCUUCUCAUCUCCUCAUGCUCUCCCUUCUCAUCUCCUAAUGCUCUCCUUUCUCAUCUCCUCACGCUCUCCCGUCUCAUGGCAUGAGAUGAGUUGUGAUGCACGGGGCAAUGGAGCAGCAGGGCAUGAGUCUCACUGUGUGCUUUGCCGCUGCCUCUGCCCCAUGCGUCUCACAGGACAGGGUGGCAAUCCAGGAGGCGAUGGAGCAGCAGGCCAUCAGCAUAGUCACGGCGAGCAUCACCACCCACCGUCCUCAACUCCCGCACCUCCGUGCUCGCCGCUGCUAACCCGCCCUCGGGGCGAUACGACGACCUCAAGGGGUGAACGUGCAUGCGAAGGCGGAUGCAGUGGUGGGGUAGGGCGGGGAUGGUAUGGGGGGGCGGGGCCGCAUGGGGGAUGGGCCUGCGGGGGGGGGGGGGGGGGGGAGAGGGGGAGCGUGGGGCACACGGGGAAGGAUGGGGAGCAGGAGAACUGGCUCAAGAGCUCACCACUGGCCACAGAAGAGCACGUCACCGAGGCGCUUCGUCUCUUCCACGUCGCGACGCUAAAAGCCGCCCGGUCGGGCGUGGUGGACGGCGCAGUGCUGAGGGAGGAGCAGCGGCGCGAGGUGCAGCAGGUGGAGGGCGCUGUGCGGCGCCACGUGGCCAUCGGGGGGUUCGUGUCGGAUCGGAGAGGCGGCUGCAUGAUGAUAUCACGCGGUCGGGGCAUCAGUGAGAGCACGGUGAGCGUUGGGCGGGCCGGGGCGGUGCGGGCGGCAGCGGACGAGGAGGUGGAGGAGGAGCUGAUGAUCAUCGAGGAGAGCGCGAUGGAGCGCAUGGAGAAGACGCUGGACAGCGUGAGGGGCAACUUCAACACCGUCAGAACGGGGCGAGCCAGCCCCUCCCUGCUGGACCGCAUCGAGGUGGAGUAUUACGGCACAAACGUGAUUCUAAAGAGCAUCGCCCAGAUCGCUACCCCCGACGCCUCCAUGCUGCUCGUCACGCCCUUCGACAAAUCCAGCAUCCCGUCCAUCGAGAAGGCGAUCAUGAAGUCGGACGUGGGGCUCACACCCUCGUCCGACGGCAACGUCAUCCGUCUCUCCAUCCCCCAGCUCACCGCUGAGCGCCGCAAGGAGCUGCUGAAGACGGUGUCUAAGCUGUCUGAAGAUGGCAAGGUGGCGCUGCGCAACGUGCGCCGGGACUCCAUCAAGGCCUACGAGAAGCUGCAGAAGGAUAAGAAGAUCUCAGAGGAUGCUCUCAAGGACCUCUCCAAUGACAUCCAGAAGAUGACAGACGACUAUGUGAAGCAGAUCGAGACGGCCUUCAAGCAGAAGGAGAAGGACCUGCUCACGGUGUGA